AUGCCUGGACUAUCAAUUGACCCUAACAGCUUAUCUCGAGACGCAAUAAUCGCAAACAGUAGAAACAUCAUAGACACAGCACCCAAAUGGCCCACAUCGAAAACUUUCAAAUAUAUCCUCCCCCCAUCAAAACUAAACAUCCAAGUAAACGUGUCAAAGAAACUCAUAGAUAAUAAAUUGUGGUUUUCAAGAACAUGUAAAAUCCCAAACUCAUAUCCAUAUCUCCAAGAUAUUAUUUCAUACAUUUCCGGAACUUCACAAUUGGGCACUACCCAUUCCGAUUAUGAGCUAGAGUAUAUCCAUGAAUUAAAAAGUGUUGAAUGUAAUGAUAUAACCACCAAUUCGGAUGGGUGGUCAUAUUUCCUUAAAGCAGUAUAUGAAUUUGGAUUCCCAAUCAAGGAUAGGGUAUUUAAUGAAUGGGUGCAUGUUUAUAAACUGGGAGAGAAUUGUGUGUAUGUCAUAUCUCAAUCCGUCAAUUCCGAUGCGCAGCCGUCAGGAAAAGUUGUUGGAGAAUACAACUCAAUUGAAAAAGUUAGCUUAGAGGAAGAUGGUUUGUCGUGGACUAUGGCGACAGUUUCUGAUCCUGGGGGAAGUAUUCCUCAAUGGUUGACUAACUGGUCAAUGCCAAAAUCGAUUGCGAAGGAUGUGCCAAGUGUUCUACUUUGGAUCAAUGGACUUAAGAAAAAUACAAGGUAA